AUGAGCACGAUGAGCGCGACUCUGAUGCCGUCGCACCGGGUCUUCGGGCCGGCGGUUCCCGCGCUGAGGCCCCAGAGGGCGACGGGCGGUCACCGCCGCGCGAGGGGCGUCGCCGUGCGGGUGACCGCCAUGGGCGCCAAGUACAAGCGCACCGACGUCGAGGUUGCGCGCCAGAUCGGCGAGGGUUCCUUCGGCGUCGUCUACCAGGGGAAGAUCGACGCGAGGCGCGCUGGGGACGUGGUCCUCAAGCGCCCUAAGCUCACCGUGGAGGGAGCCGCGGAGCUUCAGGAGGUGGAGGCGUGGAUGAACGACAGGGUGACGCGCGACGCGCGCGGGUCGUGCGCCGACUUUCUCGGAUCUUUCCGCGUCACCCCCGACGAGUCGUACCUCAACCAGAGCGAGGGAGUCAUCGCGAAGGAGGGGCUGUGGCUCGUGUGGAAGUUCGAGGGCGAUCGCACGCUCGCGCAGUACAUGGCGCAGCCCGAUUACCCGGCGGGCAUCGCCAAGGCGCUCCUCAACCGCGACGGCUCGUCCAGGGGCGAUCCCGCGGUGGAGCUCGAGGUGACGCAAGCGGUGAUGCGCCAGCUGUUCAAGAACCUCGCGUCCGUGCACCGCGCGGGCCUCGUGCACCGGGACAUCAAGCCCCACAACCUCGUCCUCACCAACACCGACGUCACCGGCGAGAGGGAACCGCGGUUCAAGAUCAUCGACCUCGGAGCGUGCGCGUGUUUCCGAACAGGCAUGAACUUCGCCCCCGACGAGACAAUCAUGGACCCCAAGUACGCUCCGCCCGAAGAGUUCCUCAUCCCGAGCGACGACGCGCCGGACAUCCGCAAGCUCUUCGGCCCCGUCGCGCUCGCCGCGGGUAGCGCCGCGUGGGUCCAGCACAAGCCCGACAGGUUCGACAUGUACAGCGCCGGCGUCGUUAUGAUGCAGCUGGCGCUCCCGUCGCUUCGAACCAACUCGGGCCUCAUCACGUUUAACCGAUCGCUCAAGCGCUGCGGGUACGACUUGUUCCUGUGGAGGGACCUGAACCGCGGGCAGCUCAGCAGGUCCAAGACGGCCGUCCUCGACGCGGGCGACGGCGCGGGUUGGGAUCUCGCGCGAGCGCUCCUUCGACCCAGGAGCUACGACGAAGACGCCUGGGCCGCAGCGCAAGUCUCGGCGGAGCGAACGAGUUCCAAGAGUUCGAAGAAUUCGUUCAGUCCCGACGAAGAAGAAGAAGAAGAGGAUGACCCGUACGCGCGUUUGAUGGACGCGAACGGCGAGCGGCCGUCCGCGGAGGAGGCGAUGCGGCACAGGUUCUUCUCCGUGGACCCGGCGGAGGUGGCCGCGCUGGUCGCGUCGCAGACCAAAUCGGUGACGUACAACGGGAGGCUCGGAUCCAUGGGCGGCAUCUUCGGUCUGUUCGGCGGCGGACGGGAAAACUCGGGACGGGACGGUGACGCGUCGGAUCCAUCGGACGAUCUGGACGCCGCGGACGAGUUACUCGAGGAGAGGAGCGUGCUGUCCGACAUGUUGGGGCUCGAGAAGCGGAUCAGCAAGCAGCAGGACCUCAUCGCGAAGCAGAGCACGACGAUCAUGCGACUCAGGCAAGAGGGCGCGCCGAAAGAGGAGGUUGAGAAGGAACAGCGAACGCUGGAGAAGAUGAACAUCGGGCUCCAGUCGCUGCUCCGCGCGUUUUCGUUCUCGCAGGUGGAGGCCAAGACGACGAUGAUCAAGGCGGCCACGGAGAUUCAGGCGGAGCUCGACGACGCCGGGGUUAAGGAUGACAAACCCGACGCCCUGAGGGGUUUCAUGCGGAACAUCUUCGGCAAGAGGGCGAGCGAGGCGGCGUACGGCGCCGCGGACGUCGCCCUCGACGCCGUCCUCGACAUCCUCAAACCCGAGCGAACAAACGGUGGGAACAAGGACAAGGCCCAAUCGACCUCCUCCCGCGCGUCCAAGAAGGAGAUGCUCUCCGAGUCCAUGAAGCAGGCGAGGGAGGGGGCGCCGAUCAAGAACAAACGCGGCGGCUCCGCCGACGAGGACGACUCGGACGAGGACGACGCCGCGGCUCGCGAUCCGGCUGAGCUCAGGCGCCGCAUGGACGACAUCAAGCUCGAGAUGGUCGCCGUCGCGGAGCAGAUGGCCGAGAUGGAACGGAGGUUACUGGCGCAGCAGGCGGAUCUGGAGCGGCGCCAGCGCGAUCUCGAAAGCUCGGCUGUUUCGGGAGGCGGGACGGGACUCGACGAUUUCGUCUCCGAGGCGGCGGAUGACGACCGCAUCGUCAAGACGCUGAAGCCGUCGGGGGCGUCGAUGCGGACGGACAUCGAGAACAUCGAGCAGACCAAGCAGGAGAUUCAAGACGCCCUGAGCCGCAUAGAUAAAAUGCAGAAGGACAGGGAAGAUCUGCUCUAACUAUGGAGGAUCUGCUCAAUAAACUCCCUCGUCGCGACGAUUGUCGCGAGGCGAGCGGCUGAUGGAUGCGGCUGUGGCCCACGCGCGGGGGGGGACGAGCCCGCGGCUCGUGAUCGGUUUAUCUAUUUGCGUUAUCGUUUGAAAUGGACUGAACGUUGUACUCUUAC